CCGAUAAUAAGGUAUGAUUUUUGCUACAUAUAUUUAUGUCAUUGAAUUGUAUUACUAUGUUAACUAUAUUAAUAUUAUAGAAUUUUACUGUAUUUAUUAGCAAUUGUUAUUUAUAUCUUGUACUUCAGUGGUCUAAUAUAAUAUAGAGAAUAUAUUUUGGAUGUAUUUUUAUUAUAAAAGAAAGGUUUCUAAAUACUUUAAAGUUGAUUUAUAAGAUGAUAAACAUUUGUCUACUCAUAGCAAGGUUAAUUUUACAAUUAGCCAAUAUUUCCUUUUUGAUUGCUUUUGUUAAGUGUGCUCUUUCCCCAAGGCUGGUACUUUCCUGUUUGAAAAUCCAACAAGAUAAUUCCCUACAAGGCCUUCCUAUUGUUUAACCUUGCACUGAGUCAUUGCAUCAUUCCUUAGGUUUUAACUUGGAGUAUUAUAGGAAUUAAUUGUGAUUGAUAGAGUGAUUUCUGGCUUUCUGAAAUAUAAAGAGUCAGGCAAUUGUGUACUUUCAAUAAAUUACAUAUUAUGCCAAAUCAUUGCUUAGUGCAGUAAGUAGUAAGCUUGGUCCACUACGGGACAUAAAUGGCUCUCUGGCUCCAGUAACUUAAUGGUUAUUUGCUAAACCAAUGCACUCCUUAACAAUAAAUGCUAAAAAUAAAAACAAUGUCUUGAUUUCAUUGUCUUUCACACUGUCUUCUUUGGCUAUUGAUAUUUUGCAAGCAGUGCUGCUUAGAAUGUAAAUUCUUUCUUGUUUGUUUAUUUUAGUUUUUUUAAAUUCUGUUUUAGGUUAGGUUAAAAGACUCCCUAGUCAGUUCUCUUCAGUUUUGUAAGGCUAAAGAUGCAGAACUUGCAUGGAUAGAUGGAGUUCUGGAUAUGCGAGUAUCAAAAGUAGACACAGGGGUAAUUUUGGAAGAAGGGGAACUGAGAGAUGACGGUGAUGACACUGAAAUGCAAGUAGAUGCACCCUCUUCAGAUUCCAGUGCUGUGGCACAGCAAAAGGCCAUUAAAAGCCUCUUUGGUGAUGAUGACAAAGAAAUCUGUGAGGAGAGUGAAAUUAUUCCUACUUUGGAGCCCUUACCACCCAAUGAGGUUCCUGGACAUCAGUCCGUCUUCAUGAAUGAGCCAAGAUUAUCUGAUUUUAAGCAAGUUCUAUUGCGAGAAGGAGUCCAAGCUGAAUUUGUGGGAGGAGUUCUAGUGUGUAAUAACUUGGUCGCUGUUCGCAGAACUGAAACUGGACGUAUUGGAUUGGAAGGUUGUCUCUGUGAAGAUUUCUAUAAAAUUAGAGACCUUUUAUAUGAACAGUAUGCUAUUGUCUAAGGAGAAGUGUAAAUAUAUGUGUGUAUAUAUA